CACCCUUUCAGAUGCCCUUCACCUCCCCCUACUUCCGGCCCUCUCCCUCAGCUUUCUUUACACAAGCUCCCUCACACACUCUCUCUCUCUCUCUCUCUCUCUCUCUCUCUCUUCGUUUCGUUCUUUCCCACUGUCCGACCAUUGUCAUCGUUCGGAAUCGUUUUCGGACUAUUUUCCCCUUUUAGUAUCAUAUGCCUGCAAAUUUUCUGAUGUUUUCAGCGAAUUCUUGGAACUUUGGGGGAAAAAAAAAAGUAUGUGGCUGAUUCAGUGAAAACCAUGUACGCUGAUUGUGCUUAAAGUCCACGACUUUACAACUUGAAAACCCAACAAACUCUAGCAGAAGUUUUAAUUAAUACACUGAGAGAAAGAGACGAAGAGAAGAAAGAGUGGUUUUAUUUUUUUGGUUUUGGAAGUUGGACGGGGAUAGUAAGUAGGAACAUCAAUAUAAGAAACAUUUAUUUGGGUUUCAAUCAAAGUGGUCCUUAGAUUGGGUGACAUCUGUGGUGGGUCUUGGAGGGUUUGGAGUAAAAAGUUGGAGACGAUCGCGAGCUCCUUGCAAUGCAGACUCUUAAGUACCCUGUGUACCGGUGUAGAUCAUGCCUGUUUACUAGGACUGAUUGGACACGCGGGUGUGACAUAUCUUGAGGGAGAAGAAGGGAUAGAGUUAGGAAAGAUGACGGAACACAAAAGGAGCCCCUGUUCUGUUGAGACAAGUCUCACUUCUCUUACAUCCAAACGGCAUAAGGCUGAUUUGUCUGCCAAGGAGAGGAAGGAUAAACUUGGCGAGCGAAUUGUGACUCUGCAACAGCUUGUUUCACCAUAUGGGAAGACAGAUACAGCUUCUGUCCUUUUGGAGGCAAUGGAAUACAUACAGUUCCUUCAUGAACAAGUUAAGGUGUUGAGUGCUCCAUACCUCCAAAGUACCCCAAGUGUAAUGCAGGAAUUAGGACCAUACAGUUUGAGAAGCAAAGGUUUAUGUCUUGUUCCAGUCUCUUGCACAGCUGGAGUUGCUCGAAGCAAUGGUGCAGAUAUCUGGGCCCCUAUCAAGACUACUUCUCCCAAGUUUGAGAAGGCUAUUUCUCAAUUCCAUUGAGAGGCAAUACGUCGCACAGAGACCGCAAGGGUUUUGAUGCGGCUAGAAUGGUGGUGUAAAGGGUAACCAACUUUUACUGUGCAACAAAUAUUAUGUUGGGCAGAGGCAAAUUAGUGACCGAAAACUUCAGCACGGCGUAUCCAUGGAAAUCUGGAGCGUGAAUAGGCUAUCUUUUGAACUGUGGGAAAGCAAUUUCCUCAACAUCCUGAUUAUAAGCUGGUAAUGGUAGAAGCUUCCUAGUAUCGAAUGUGUAUCAUCUCUCUACUGAUUAUGCGAAAAUGUAUAUUUAGAAAAACCUGAGUUGUAUAAGGAUGAUGAUAAUUAAUUUAUUUAUGAAUAUAUGGAGGGGGGAAUAUCAUUUUACGUAA